AUGAGUGAGCUGCGCCAGCCUGAGGCAGACCUUCAGGACCCAGUCCAGGCCCAGGGCCCGGUGGAGGCGCAGCUGUUCGGGGCUGCGGGGGAGGAGGCCGCAUCCCCCUCGCCCUCCUCCUCCCCCGUCGCCCCCUCCUUCUCCGCCUAUGCCGAGUCCUUGCCCCAGGAGGCACUUACUGUGCUGAUGGCUGACCUGGUGGCGUUCCUGCUCCUCAAGUAUCGCACCAAGGAGACAAUCUCCAAGGCGGAGAUGCUGAAUAUGGUCCUCCGUGACCAUCGGGACCACUUCCCCGUGGUCUUCAGCCAAGCUUGCGAGUGCAUGCAGCUGGUGUUUGGCGUGGACGUGAAGGAGGUGGACCCCCGCGAGUGCACCUACGUCCUGGUCCCCACCCUGGGCCUCACCUGUGAUGCAGUGCUGAACGAUGGGCAGAGCAUGCCCAAGGCCGGCCUUCUGGUGAUGCUCCUGUGCCUGAUCACCCUGUAUGGUGACCGCGCCCCUGAGGAGGAGGUGUGGGAAGCACUUAGCGUGAUGGGGGUGUGUGCCGGGAGGGAGCAUUGCAUCUAUGGGGAGCCCAGGGAGCUGCUCACCAAAGUGUGGGUGCAGGAGGGCUACGUGGAGUACCGGCAGGUGCCCCACAGCGACCCCGCCUGCUACGAGUUCCUGUGGGGUCCCCGGGCCUACGCGGAGACCAGCAAGUGUCAGGUCCUGGAGCAUCUGCCCAGGGUCAAUACCUUGGAUCCCACGUCCUUCCCAUCCCUGUGUGCAGAGGCUGUGAGCGAUGAGGAAGAGGGGGCCUUAGCCAGAGCAGCAGCCAGGCUCCUUCCAGGCCCUCGUUCAGCAGCUUCUCCCGUGGGGCAGGAAGGGAGGCUGAUCCUUCACUCUGCGUUUGAAGAGGGAGCGGAGGGCAGCCGCCAGCUGCCGAACGGCCCUGUUGGGGUCGGGGGCGUCCUCGUGGGGCCCAGCCCCGAGUCCCCCUCGGGGGUGACCCUGCUGCCCACAGCGCCCACUCUCUCCGGAACCUGGCCUCGGCCCCAGCCACCCGCAGACCCGCAUGAGGACUUGGAAAGGAGCCAGGCAGGAGAGGGCUUUGGGGUCCCGGUGAUGCAGGCUGUGAAGAGGGUCAGCCGCCCCAGAGAGGGGGAAGGGGCAGCGCCCACCAGACCCCAUGUGACCUGCCCUGGGCUGGCCGGGGGCGGCCGCUGGGAGCAGGCGCCUCUGCCGGCUUGCCGCCUGCCUGACAGCCAGUCUGCCGGGGGCAGUGAGCCUGCAGGAGAAGGUGGGGCCACCACGCCGCCGGGAGAGAAGGGAGCAGAGUGGGCAGUGGAAGGAGAGAGCAGGGCCCGAGCCUGCGCAGAAGAGCCGCCUUCAGAGGGCCGUGCCUCGGACCCCCACGUCCAGAUGAAACCUUCUCCAUCCUCACGCCCUCUGUGCUAG